UGGCUGCGAAGCGCUACGACGGCGACCUAAACGACGCCCUCCACCUCGCGAUGUGAACACACCCGCCCGCGACACCCUCGUCUGCGAUCCUUGCGCGACUCCUCGCAGCGGUAUAUCGAUACCCAAAGCCAAUGAGGAGAUGAGUCACAGUGAUCGAGCUACACAAAAGACUACAGUCUCGAUAAUGCAAGCGAUCGUCGUGUGAUUGAUAUCGAUACGUCAGAAAACAGGAAGAGGAAAUCAGUUUAUAGGGAUCAUUUAUAGGGAGAUUCCCUUAUCAUUCUUUUACGUUAUCGUUAUCAUCGGUGCCACACUAUAUUUUCUUAUCGGUGAUUGCGAAAGUUUGUAAUUGUUUGGAGAUUAUUCAUGUAAAUAGGAAUAAAAGACGAUCUCAUCCACGUGACGAAAAAUCAGGACGAACGUUGUCUCGCAGAUUUCUUUUGAGACUCGAUCACUCGAAUCGAUUAUCAUGUUGGGUCUCUGAUCGAGCUGUUACGACAACACGGUGAUCGCGGUGUCGGGAUAUCGAAAUGUGUGGACAGGAAUAGGCGAAACGAUGUAAGAGAAAAGUGCGAGGUGACCCGAAUCCGUACAAAAUGGCAAAUCGAAAGGGUUGAUCCUCAGCAAGUGCGAUCUUGUCUCGCGCGUAUGAAGCACAACGUACCAUUCCCACAGACAGACGAAGCUGCAUUCCCUCUAAUCUCGAUCGCGACGAAAACAGUGGCCGAACUGUUUUCGAAAAAUUGUAUAUAAAUGCACGCACAGAAAGCGUGCGUCGUCGGCGCAUAUCUAUUCCUAAUCGAACGUUAAUCACUUUAAUUAAUAAGAUUCGCCACAUUUAGUGCUGCCUCUCGUUCUCAUCUCGUGGCGCCAGAGUGUGAACUAUAAACUGUUACGCAGACAGUCGAACUCUCUUGAAAUGCUUAUAUCAAUAUACAUCGCCAAAGCUUUGAGUGCCUCAAAUUAUAUUCAUUCAAAUUUCCUCGACGAUGAGGCUUUGAGCGGAAACGUGGACGAUCGAGGAUAAUCCUCGGAGUCGCGAUCGAUGAUCGAUGGUUAACUCGGAUAUUGCAUGUAAUACAGCUGCGGGCUGCACGUCAAGACAAUUUCCUCUCAUGUCUAACUAGGAUAAUAAUUCGUCGCGUUGCCCCCCGCGCAGAGAGAGAGAGAGAGAGAGAGAGAGAGAGAGGGAGGGAGAGAGAAAGGAGGGAGAAAGAGUGCAUGUGAAUGUGCGCGCUCGUGCGUGUCUAUGCGCGAAGUGCAUAAAGCGACGAUGGGAUAUCGGUGAGAUCACGAGGUCACCGCAGAAUGCCUGAGCCGAGGGCAAAGCGCUGUAAACACUGUGACGAGUCUGGCCACAGGUUGGACAGCGGCUCCCCGUUUUGGAGGAUUCAACUUGACCAGGACCUUCUGGAUACCAUCAGCGCGAUCUAUCCGGAGUGGUUUAAGGAUUACACUAACAGUCGAGCAGCAUCGACGUCGUCCCCUACAUCCGCAAGUGCUUCCGGCGCGCAAUCCUGCAACGAUAGCGCCGCCGUGGUCGUCGUCACCGGCGGUGAGCACAAGGUCGCCAAAAGCGACGCCAAGUCGAAGUCAAAAGCGAAAAAAGCGGACGGCCAUAAGGAUAAGGACCGGGACAGGAAGGACCCUAGGCGCGACGCCAAGGACGAGAGGGACGCUGGAAACGGUAAGAAAGGGACGAAGCCUUCGCCGCAGCAGGAUAAAGCAGCGGCGGACGCGGCAGGAAGGAAGGCCGUCGCGAGUGCUGUUCCAGGAUCGGAAUCGAAGAUGGCCGAGGGCAAUCAGUCGCCGCCGAAGGCGGAGGUCGACGAUUCACCCCUCCAACACGCCAUGGAUCGCAAUAAGGAAUCGUUGAAGGUGAAGCUCAUGCUGAGGCGACCCAUCAAUCAGCUGGUUGCGCAAGGCAUCAUGCCACCGUUGAAGACGCCACCGGCGUUUCACGAGCAACGGAAGCAGUUGGAAAGGGCGAAGACAGGCGAUCUGUUGAAGGCGAAGAUCCAGCAGAGACCAGGUAGAGACGAGUUGGUUCGACAGCAUAUCCUUGAAGAUGUAGGUCACGUGGAUCCGAGUCUGGCGGAGCGGCAGCGAAUGCUGAAGAAGGCCAGGCUAGCUGAUCAACUCAACGAUCAGCUCAGUCAUCGACCUGGGCCGCUCGAGCUCAUCCAAAAGAACAUCCUUCAUACUGAAGAGCCCAUCGAGAGGGCGGUCAAAGAGGGUCACAUUCCCUUCAAGGCCACCUGCGAGGGGCAAGUGACAAAACCCCAGCAUCCGGACCACUACAUCACUUUCGAGGAUGACUCCCAGAGCUCGGAGGGUGCGCCUUCACCACAACUGGAGUCGCGAUCGUCGGAUGUUCUGGAAACUGCGGCCGCUUCUGCGGGCAUCGUCACGGUUUCCUUGAGCAUACCGUCGACCGGCGGUGCCGUUGUGGUCUCAUCGACGUCUCCCGUCUUCCAGCAAACGUCUACGGAAUCGACGAUACAGACGUUCGCCGAACUUUGCAACACCGUUGUCGGAACGCAGCAGCAACAGGGUCAGCAGCAAGUUCCACAAGGUCAACAACACACGUCUACGCAGGCGAGCCAAACGACGAAUGGCCCGUCGACGACUCUCCUACCAUUGGCGCCGGCGCCGAGCCCGAUGUCCCUGGGCUCGACGACGUCCAGCUUGAGUCCCCUGUCUAACAUCUCGAUAGCGUCGCCCCCGGCACCGCCGCCGGCGGCGAUCACCCCGCGGCCCCAGCCGAGCCCGAUAGCCGCCACCGCCGUCCCCACGUGCCAAAGGAGCGACGCUCCCGGGAAGGACAAGAACAGAAAGAAGUCGAAGACCAAGAGCCAACCCAAGACCCGGACGAUCAAGUUCCACGAGUAUAAAGGACCGCCAAACGCGCAAAAGACGCCAGUGUCGUCUAACACUUCCGGUCUCGGCGGCGCGCAGCCCGGUGAGACCAGUUAUGAGCUACUUCUGCAGCAGCAACAGCUGUUCCUCCAAUGGCAGCUCGAGUGGCAGCAUAAGUAUCCCCAGAUCAUCUUGCCGGCCGCGCAGAAGCCACUAUCGCUCACAAGUAGCGGCGCGAGCGAUGCUGGUAGCGUAAGCGGAAGUAGCGCGAACGCUGCCAGCCCGGCUCCGUCGAAUUCUUCGAACAAUCCUUCGGAACAGCCCCCACUGAGGCCUUUGGGCAAACUGGAAGAUAUGAAAGUGAGUGAUCUAAAGGUAGAACUGAAACGACGGAAUCUACCAGUGUCGGGCUCGAAGCCGCAAUUGAUCGAGCGAUUAAAGCCCUUCACAGAAUCCAGCAGCAACUCGAUCUCCAAUUCUACUGGACCACACGUAACGCACAUGGGUCAUAUCCUGAUGGACACGCCUGGCCCGAUGGCGACGGAUGAUUCCAGCUCUCAGGUCAAGAGUCCGUGUUCUAUUGUGAAGGACGAGCCGAGCAGCCCGCGAACGGCCUCGCCCCACAGCGAGCACGACGACCCAUUGAGUCCGCCAGUUCGUGUUUCAGGAGAUGAUAUCAUCAAGGUGCAGAGGAAACGGAUAGAGGAAUUACAGCGUGAGCUGUAUAAGUCGCAGCAACAACUUCAGCAGAUUCGUCAGACACAACCAACCACGGUGCGCGCCGAGAAACUGGCACUUCAGCAACAUAUACAAAAUAAAAUGCAACAACAACAAUUGGCUUUGCAUUUGCAGCAGCUUCAGCACUUACAGCAGCAGCAACAACUACAACACCAGCAGCAGCAGCAACAACAAAGCCAACAACAAACGCAACCGCAACAAGCUACGAUUCAUCAAAUCAACGCGAAAGCGAGUCUUGCAGCUUUUCUACAAGCACAACCAAACAAUGCCACUGCUAUUCUUGAUUCUGCGACUCUAACCGCGAUUAACAACAAGAAGAAUCAGUCUAAAAACAGCACUACUGUUCAAAUACCUACGGCUAUCGUCUUAAAUUUGGCGAAGCCGACAAAGCUGAAUGGCUCAUUUCUUGGUGCUCUCGUGGCGCAAGCGCAGGUUCAACAACAGCAGCAACAACAGCAGCAACAACAAACAACAACUACAGAAGACAUCAAACCACCGCCACCGCAGUACGACGAAGCUGCUAAGUUGCUGAAGGUCAAAAUCGAACCAGUCCAAAAGAGUCACAUAAAAAGUCAAGUAGUUGACGACGUAUUGGAAAUUCUAAUCAAGAAUGGCGAACUACCACCAAGUGCCGCGCAAGAUCCAGCCACUCCCACGACUCCAAAUCGCCAGCUGCAGCCAAAUCUGGUCUUCACUGCACCGGUGGACAGUCCAACUCAGUCGUUAGUUUUUACGGCCGCCAGUCCAAUGAGUCCGAUUAGUCCGAUACCGAUGGAGGUGUCUCAUAGUGGUUGUCCGAGUCCAUCGACACCGGCACCACCGCCACCGCCGCCAUUACCAUUAACCGCAUUUUCCAUUCAGUUACCUACUGCACUUCAACAGUUACAACAGCAGGAAGAGAUUACCCCCUUCGGCACAGAUCUUCUAACCUCCGAGGCCGAGCUGGACGCCGCGAUGUUACUCAGUCCUCAAUCAGUGCAACAAGCUUCCCCAGAUCCUCAACCAUCACAAGAAGUGACUCCCGAUAAUGCAAAUUUGGAUCUCAAAGAACUGGGAUUGGACUUGGAAACAUUGGAUCCAAUGGACUUCGUUCAACUGGAUUGCGACAUGCCGAUGGAUAUGGACGAUCCUGAUUGGUUGGAUUCCCUAAUGCCGCAAUCGCCACCGCCUUCAGCGACAAUGCCAUCGUCCAACCAUCAGUCUAACACUCCAUCAAUCAGUCUCUCAUCCACAGAUAUUUAUGACCCAUUAUUAGGCAGCAGUCAGUACUCGUUUGAUCUCUUUAACAUGGAGGACUCUGACUUCAAGAUGUCGUCCGACUUAUCUCCAAUGACCUGGGAUAAGGUAGAUUUUGCGACCUAGCCCGAGAUACUCUCUUACAAUCCGGCGUUAUGUACUUAAUUCUCGGUAAUCAAAAGUAUAAUUCGAGAUAGAAAAACGAACAGUGAUUGCGUUGCUUGAGGUCUGUACAAUGCAUUUUAUAUAAGCUAUUUCGUGACAUCCUUGUCUCUGAUGCAUCUUGUAAUCGACGUUAUGUGUACUUAUACGCGCGCGUCAAGACGAGAAAUGUUGUUUUCAAAGGUAUACCUAAAAAAUAGGUACAUAAUCGCGCGGAUCGUUAUCGUAAUUAACAAUUAAGAACGAGAGAAGGCUGUCGAAUUAUAAACCAGUGUUUAACACACGUGUCAUUUUUCGGUCUUCUUCGAUCACAAACGCUAACGCAUAUCAUUCUUUUGAUUGAUG